AUGGUGUUGGCAGAAAUGUUUUCUGGAAAGCGGAGAAGAAAUGGCGGUGUACACUGUGCUUCAAAACCAUCUUUGCUACCCACCCAGCAGUCAAAUUCACCAAUUGUUUCAACCCAGUUGCAGCAGCAAUCACUAGAUCUUUCAUUCAAUCCUUUCCUGCUAUCUUCACAUUUGGCUCAACCCGGUGCCCCUUUCUGGCUGCCUCAACGGCCAGCUUACCCUUUUUCUGGUUUGAAUCCAUCUGCUACUUUUCAGCCAUUCACUCCCAUCAGAACCAUAAAUGCUGGUUGGCAAGCUUUGGAUAGAGGAGAAAAUUCAGCAAGAAAUCAAACCCAAUUUCCUAGUUUCUGCUACCAUGUUGGUUACACUUUUCCGGGCUUCCCAGGUUCCUGGGAUCCAUCAUACUGUUGGGCUCAAAAUCAACGAUUACAACCUUCUUGCACCACCUUGCCAGGCCCUUAUGGAUACUUUUCUUCACCUCUUCUUUCACCAAUUCCCAGUUGCUCUCCACAGGUUCAGUCCUCUCAAAAAGGGAUUAUUAGGCCAACAACGAAGCUUUCUCAGAAACACCAACAUCUAUGGGAAGCUCAAUCAGCUGAGAAUGUUCAGCUAUGGAAUUUCAUCAACCAAUUGCAGUCAGAAGUAGCUGAUUACAAGAACCGCUUGACGAAACUUGAAGAAGAAAUUUCAUGUCUGAAACCAAGAGUUGAGGAGCUCGCUGCUGAUCAUCAGGCCACUGCCACUGGUUUAUCAGCACAACCAUCAAAAAGAAGGAGACCAAAGAGAUCUCUUGCUUCUGCUGAUGUGCAUCCUCCUUUUGAGUCUUAUCUCCGAGCUCGUGGUCGAAGGCCUGCAUCAUCUAAGCUUCAAUCAGAGGCUAGAACACUUGCUUUUGAGAAGGUGAGGUUGAACAAGGUAGAGGAUAAAGAGAAAAGAUAUCAUCCUGUAGGGACUUUGCCACAACAAAAUAAUUGGAUACGCCAAGAUAUAGCAAGAAACUUCAAUGAUAACAUGGACAAGAACAGAGCCAAUCUGAUCAUGUCUGCAUUCAGCAAUCAAAUACAUCAUGGAAUUUCCGGAAUCCAAACAAGUGGAAUUGGGCUUGAAGAGGAAACCAAGGCUGAGAUUUCAAAACCUUCUGUCUCAAUUCUGUCCCAACAAGUUGGAAAUGGCAAUAACUCAGCUACUUAUAUGGGAACAACAAGUAAUGGAAGUCAUGGAAUAUGGCCUUCUAGCACCCAUUCUGAAGAAGGUCAGAGAAAUACAUUGUAUAUUAACUCUCAGGCUUUCUCUGACAGUGGCAGCACUAUCAGACAAGGAGAAAGAAAAGCAAAUUCGGGUUGGAGUUUUGUGAAUGAGGAGGAAGCUUCGGAGGAGCUGGAGGCUAUUGCAGUUGGGUCCAGUAAGGAGGAAAAUGAAGAGGAAAUGGGAGACGAUGGCAGCUCAUCGGCUGACGAAAUGGGUCAGCAGGAAGCUGGGAAUGCUUACAACAUGGAUGGUGCAAUGGAAAACAGUCGUAAAGGGUUGCCUCAGUUUAAUAACUGGUGACCAAAACAGUGCGGCUAACUUAAAAUUGCAGUGUCAGUUUCUGUUUUUUGUUGACAUAGGAUGGCUCCUGCUCAGUUGGACCAACUUUUGUUGAAAGGCAAACACCAAAUUUUGCCCAGUGAGCGAAUUUUGUUUUGUUUUGUUUUGUCUUCUUUCUUUUCUUAUCAGAGGAAGCAAAGACAAAUCAAAUUAUGUUCGUCAUGAUCCAUGAAGAUAUCACUAGAGGUCAAAAGACUCUAGUCUCACUAUCAAAGAAGAUGAG